AUGGCUUUGGACGCCUUUCUUAAUGUAUUUAGACGUGGCCUAGCGCCCAGCGAGCCCAGCCAGGCUGCUUAUGAACCAAACAAGGGCAAACUUCAGAGUCGAAUGCUCGACGUUGUCCAGAGAACCUUUGAUCUCGGAUUCACUUCUUUUGGCGGACCACCAGUGCACUUUAGAACCCUUUAUCGGCGAUUUGUGUCGGAUGCAGGUGGAAGGGUGCCAUGGGUUGAUGAGCAAACGUACCAGGAGCUUUUUGCGAUAAGUCAAGCUCUCCCUGGGCCUGGGAGCACAAAGAUGCUCUUCUGCAUAACGAUGAUACAUGCAGGCUUUCUCCCAGCAGUGCUUACCUUUUUCAUAUGGACCCUUCCUGGCGCCAUUGGAAUGUUUGGCCUUGCCCUUGGAGUUGCAAAGUUAGACCAGAAUCUUCCAACUAUGGUAUAUGCCUUUCUUUCUGGUUUAAACGCAUCAACCGUUGGUAUCAUCGCCCUUGCAGCAGUCCAGCUAGCGGAGAAGUCUAUUCAAGAUAGAAUAACCAGAAUUCUGGUUAUUUUUGGUGGAUCUGCUGGCCUGUGCUACCAAGCCAUAUGGUAUUUCCCGAUCCUUAUAUUGAUUGGCGGUUGCACGACCGCAGUAUGGGAUCUGAUCGCUCAACCGAACAUCACAAAGUUGAAACUCAAACUUCGCCGAAGACGCCUAAAUCGCACGGGUGAUGCUGAGGCAGGCAAUGAUAUAGUGGGGGUCCGAUUAAACCAUCCCCACCAGACUUUACCACUACAGCGGCGAAAUAUCCCAGGCAGAAGGGAACAAGAAGCCGAAGGUGAUCAUCCUCGACUUCGAAGUUCAGCUAGCUCAACCAUUGUGCCCGAUAGUCCUAGUACCCUCAUUGGCAGCAUUGAAAGUCAACCUAUGGAUACCCAUUCUCAUUCCUUGCAUAUGAAAUGGGGUAUUCUGAUUAUCGUUUUAUUCUUCGCAAGUUUUAUCGGCAUACUCGUAGUGCGCCAGAGGAUGGAGAAGCCAGCUCUCGACCUUGCCCUUUUCUCCAAUAUGUACCUCGCUGGGACAGUGAUAUUCGGCGGCGGGCCUGUCGUCAUCCCUUUGCUUCGUGAGUAUGUCGUUGGGCCUGGCUGGGUUUCCCCACGAGACUUCCUUAUCGGUUUAGCUCUCAUCCAAGCCUUUCCCGGGCCGAAUUUCAAUUUUGCUAUAUAUCUAGGUGGACUCGCAGUAGCCUCUGUGAACUCUCCAAUAGUUUUAGGCUCUUUCAUGUCAUUCGUUGCGAUAUAUGUGCCUGGUUUAGCCCUGGCUGUGGGGUUCCAGAGUUGUUGGAGUGUCCUGCGGAGAUACCCACUUACAAGUAGCUGUCUUAGGGGAAUGAACUCGGCUGCAGUUGGGCUGGUAUUCACUGCAGUAUAUCGGUUGUGGGAGAUUGGCUAUCUGAGUGCUAAUGCAUCCCAAGGCCAAAGCCUUGGAAUGGAACCCUUUUGGGUGGUCGUGGCGGCUAUAACCUAUGCUGAGAAUGCUUGGUUUAAAGUGCCCCCCGCUAUUGCCAUUGCCAUUGGCGGUAUAUUGGGUCUCUGCUGGUAUGCGGUGGUACAGAAAUAG